AGCCUUAAAUCGGAAGGGAGCUGCUUCUCUGUGGUCUUCCACAAGAGCUGCCUGGGCUCUGCUGGCUCAGUAAUAACUGAGUGACCUUUUCUUUUGCUGUAUUAUGUCUGGCUGGUAAGGGAUUGCAUUUUGCAGCUGAUAAAGCCCUGACUUCAUUCAACUCGGCUCCUCACACGCUGCUUUAGGUAAGUUGUCUUCAGCCAGGACGGAGACAGACAGCCUUGGACUGCAAGAUACUAAAAGGAGGACACCUGUAGCUCGGAUGCGGUCAACACAAUUACUUGGCGGAUCCUUGAGGACCUCAUUAUUUUAAACUUAAAGAAUAGCGAUCUCCCUCCCCAUCUCUCCCACCCCCCUUUUAUUUUUUUUUCCCCAAACAAUGCUUCUUUUUGACCUUUCCCAAGGAGAAGAGCUACAAAGCAGCCACUGUGCUUAUUGAACUGCCUCCCCUGUAUCGCUUAAUUGAGAAGGUAUACAAAUGCUCUCAGUUCAGCCAGACACCAAGCCGAAAGGUUGUGCUGGCUGCAACCGUAAGAUUAAAGACCGGUAUCUUCUAAAGGCCCUGGACAAAUAUUGGCAUGAAGACUGCCUGAAAUGUGCCUGCUGUGACUGCCGCCUGGGGGAGGUGGGCUCUACUCUAUACACCAAAGCCAACCUUAUCCUUUGUCGCAGAGACUACCUGAGGUUAUUUGGUGUUACAGGAAACUGCGCUGCCUGCAGUAAGCUCAUACCUGCUUUUGAGAUGGUGAUGAGAGCUAAGGACAAUGUUUAUCAUCUGGACUGUUUUGCAUGUCAACUUUGUAAUCAAAGAUUUUGCGUUGGAGACAAAUUUUUCCUGAAGAACAACAUGAUUCUGUGCCAGACAGACUAUGAGGAGGGUUUGAUGAAAGAAGGUUAUGCACCCCAGGUUCGCUGAUCUGAUGCCACAUCAUUAAGAAUACAAAGCACUAUGUUCUUUUAUCUUUUUUGCUCAACAUGUAUAUAAGAAAUGACACAGGAACCUACUGAAUAGCGUAGAUAUAGGGAGACAGAAUGGUUGCGUGAAAUAAAAGGCGGACUGCAUCUGUAUGUAGUGAAAAUUGCUCCAGUUCAGAGUUGAAUGUUAAUUAAAAAGGUACUGUACAUACAGCUGGAUUCUUUUUGCUUGCUCUUGGGAUUUUUGGUUGUUUUUUGUUUGUUUGUUUCUUUCUUUUUGUGUCAUUUGGCAUGAGAUGUUUAUUUUGGACUAUUGUAUAUAAUGUAUUGUAAUAUUUGAAGCACAAAUGUAAUACAGUUUUAUUGUGUUACCAUUUGUGUUCCUGUUUGCUUCUUUGUAUUGUUGCAUUUAGUACAAUCAGUGUCUAAACUUACUGUAUAUUUAUGCUUUCUGUAUCUACCAGCUAUUUUAAAUGAGCUGUAUCUUUCUAGUAAAAAGAAUUAAAGAGCAAAUCCCAACCAUUAUGCUACA